UCCGAGGGGUGGGGAGUAGCGAGCAGGCGGGGGCGCUGCUGUGUCUGGCCCCGCCGCGAGGCGCCAUGGCUGCCCCCAGGAGGGGUGAGCUGAGCCCGGCGGAGAAGGAGCUGCUGGCGGUGAUCGCCCAAGGAAACACUGAAGAAGCUGGAAGGCUCUUGGGCAGCAAGAAUGUCCGUGUCAAUUGCUUGGAUGAGCAUGGCAUGACCCCUUUAAUGCAUGCAGCAUACAAAGCGAAAGUUGACAUGUGCAGGUUGCUCUUGCGACAUGGAGCAGAUGUUAACUGCAAUGAACACGAGCAUGGAUAUACUGCCUUGAUGUUUGCUGGACUCUCAGGCAGCAAAGAAAUCACCUGGAUGAUGUUAGAGGCUGGAGCAGAGACUGAUGUUGUCAACUCUGUGGGAAGGACAGCAGCUCAGAUGGCUGCCUUUGUGGGUCAACAUGAUUGCGUGACCAUUAUCAACAACUUCUUUCCACGGGAAAGGCUAGACUACUACGCUAAACCGCAAGGACUUGAUAAAGAACCAAAACUGCCAGUGAAGUUAGCUGGGCCUCUUCACAGAAUUAUUACUGCUACAAAUUUGCAUCCUGUUAAGAUUGUGCUACUGGUCAAAGAGAACCCUCUAUUGGCCGAAGUAGAAGCACUGCUGAAGUGCUACAGGGUGUUGGACCUGAUUUGUGAGAAAUGCAUGAAGCAGAGAGAGAUGAAUGAAGUACUGGCUAUUAAAAUGCACUAUAUCAGUUGCAUCUUCCAGAAAUGUAUUAAUUUUCUCAAAGAGCGAGAGGAUAAACUGGAUGGAUUAAUCAAAAGCCUGUUGAAAGGCAGAGAUACAGAUGGUUUUCCUGUGUAUCAAGAGAAGCUUAUCAGAGAGUGCAUUCGAAAGUUUCCUUACUGUGAAGCUACCCUGCUCCAGCAGCUGGUGAGAAGUAUUGCUCCAGUUGAAAUUAAACUGCAGACUAGAUCGGGGUCAGCAGCCUUUCAGAAUAAUGGCUCUGGAAACUUUCAGGUUAUUUAUUGUGAUCAGAACUGCCAGAAAAUGCACUGGUUUACCCACAAAAAAGUUUGUAAGACGCUGAAGGAAGCUCAUGAGAAGCAAGAGCUAGAAGCUGCCAAAGAAAAACGGAGACAAGAAAAAAAGCAAGAGAGAGAUGAAGCACAGGAAGCUGAUCCUGGUUCCACAAAUGAGGAGCAGUCAGACCCUCACCCAGGAGCUACCAAAGGAGUGGAUCCAAAUCAUGCAGUUGACAAAACAGAGGAAAGUGUGCUUAACAAUGAGCCAGUGGCCCCACAACCUCAUCCUGACAAUCAGUCUGAAAGUGAGACCAGCUUAGCUGACAUUGCUGUGCAAAAAGUUCAAGAAUCUGAAGAGUAAGAUGAUGGUGGGCAGGGGACUAAGGUCUUGGCUGAAGUCCCUGUACUUCAAUGUCACGAUGCAUAUUCUAUGUGGAAUAUGUUUGUAGCCCUCACUGCAUAGCAUAUGCAAGACUUCCUGUGUGAGAUAGCAUAUGUCUUUUUUCCUGAGUUAAGAAAUAGGCCAGCGUAAUCACAUACUUUAAACUCCAUCAUAGGUUGUCAAGACAAGUCAUUUAUACUCUGGUCAAUUCUAUAUUUGCCUAUAUCCCUCUGGUUGUACCUACAGUAAGUGUAGUAAACCUAUGAAUGAAUAUCUGUGGGAAAAUAAGCCACUUGCUAGUGAAAUGGGAAAACAUUCAGAUCACUUGGAUUAUCCUUGUUUCAAAAAUUAAAAUCCUAAAUAUAGUAAAUUUAAAGAUUUUUCUCCAUAUGCAAUAAAAUUGAAGCUGAGAGAAUCUUAUGAAGUCAUAUGGGAGUUGAGCAGUUAAAUUGCUUUACAACUCUUCACGACCUUUUUUUUUUAAGUUUUUAUUAUUUUUUUUUUUGAGAGUCUUCAUCUAGAUUCUGAACUCUCUUCACUGUCUUUACUGUGAUUAGUGAGUUUCUGCUGUUGGUGCACAGCAAUAUAUAAUUUGUCUGUUUUGUGACAAUUUUCAUUAAAUGAUACUGCUGA